AUGAGAGUGGACACUGUUCAGCCAAAAUACACUUUGCUUGAUUUGGGGUAUCAUUUCAACAGUUCAGGAGAACUGAGAACAGUAGAAGGUGAUGAACCAUUUCAAUACACAAGCCAAGAAGAAUACGAGAUUCUGGGAGACGCCAUGACACAUGAAGUGUACGAUCUUCUGGAGAAAUUGGGACUUCAAAGAAUAGUUUUAAAAAAACCUAUUGAUGCUGGUUCAGAUAGCGAGUUCAGCUUCGUUUUCGGCUCACCUCACUUCGAGUUAAAGCCAACGCUUUUGGUGCUACUGCAUGGUUCAGGAGCAGUGAGGGCGGGUCAAUGGGGAAGACGUCUCAUAAUGAAUGAAAACUUGGAUCGAGGCUCUCAAAUACCAUAUAUAGAACGAGCAAUGGCCAAUGAAUGGGGUGUGCUAGUUAUGAAUACAAACAAUAAUAUCCAUUUGAUAAACGAGCAUGAGGUUCCGUUAAGGUACAGCAAAGACAGCGGAAUGCAUGCUGUAAACUGCUGGUAUCGAUUCGUAAAGUAUGCCCGAGCAAGUCGUAUAUAUGUUGUUGCUCACAGUAGAGGUGGACAGGAUAUUUCCCGAAUCGUUGAUGAGUUUCCCAACGAUAACAGAAUUGAAGUUGUUUGUUUAACUGAUGCCAAUUUCCAAUUCAGCAAUAGCAGAGCUUCCCAUCCUGUUGUUAUCAACUGGGCUGCUCAACCAUUGUGUUCGUUGGUCAAGCCCAUAUUGGGCGAUCCAAAGAACUUAUCGGAUCGCGUUCAUCAGCUUUGGGCAGGAACUAAUGAGCAUGAUCGCUCUUCAUAUAUCGCUUUUGACAGUAUUUUCCACAUCCUGGAGAGAUAUGAUCGCAGAACUGAUAUGGAUUGCCUGCUCCACGAGGCUUGGAAUAUUAUUGAAGACGGAUACAAUCGAGUGAAAUCACACGCCGAAGUUCUCGCUCACCCGAAUACCGCGAGUUAUGUUGCAGCCGAUUAUGUUGUACAAGAAGGAAUAAUCACAGAUUUCAAUGUGUCGGGAGAUAUCGUGUACGAUGAUAACGAUCACGAGUAUAAAUCCGAGCGUCAACUGCCAACAGAAGCAUCCUUGAAAAGGAAAGCUGCAAUGGUGAAAGACGACGAUGUAGAAGAAGAAGAGGACGAAGAAGAAGAAGAAGAUGACGAUAGCCAACUGCUAAACCACAGACUGUUAGCCCCAGUGUCGAAGAAGGUUAUGCUGUCAGAAAAGGACAAUUAG